CAGACUUAUCUACAAAUAAGCUAUUUGCCAUUCUGAGUUUCAAUUAGAACUAGUCACUCUUCAUCAAACUGUGAGUGAUAUAGAGAUAUUCAUCCAUCAUGGUACAUGUGCGAUAUACCGACUGGGGGCUGUGGUGCCAGGUGUUCGCAGGCAUUUCAGUCAGUAUGGGGGCUUUCUCUGCUGCUACACUCUACGGGUGGGUCACUCCACUACUUCCUCACUUUCUCAGUCCAGAAAGUGUGAUACCAAUGACUCCUAUAGAAGCCUCCUGGAUGAUAUCCUUUACACAGUUUGCCAACAUGAUAACUCCGAUCCCAGCUGGCAUCAUGGCAGAUCGCUUCGGUAGGAAGCCCAUGAUUCUUGUCUCUGCUCCUCUCUUCGUUCUGGGCUGGUGUAUCAUCCUCUACUACAAGACCUACUUUUCCCUCCUGUUGGCUCGCAGUGUACAAGGCGCUGCUGUCGGAAUAGUUUUUUUUAACCGUUGUUCCAGUGUAUCUUGGGGAAAUUGCGAGCACUGGAUCUCGAGGAGGUAUUACUAGUCUAUUCUUCAUCUUCCAGUGGUUGGGUUACCUCUUUGAGUAUUGCACCGGACCUUUCUUGUCUUUCACGAACUUCACCCUGCUCACUCUCGUACCGCCCGUACUUUACUUCCUACUGGUCUGGAUGCAGCCUGAGAGUCCUAUCUACUACUUGAUGAAAGGCAACAAACAAGAAGCCUACAACUCCCUGAAGUGGUUUCGCGGAUCUUCAGACGACGAAGAGAUCGCUCAAGAAUGGGAGAGGAUGAAGCUCAACGUCGAAGAAGACCAAGCGAAGGAAACCACUUGGAAAGACGUGAUAGCGACGCCGACUGACCGGAAGGCUCUGUACCUAAUGCUCUUUGCAGGAUCCUUGAGGAUUUUAAGUGGAACUAUGCCCCUUGUCGCUUACGCCACACAGAAUUUCAAAUUAACUUCUGAUCUCGUUGUCGCCCCUAAAUAUAUUACCAUAGUUCUGGGUACUGUACUGGUUACAGCAGCUUGUUUGAGCUUCUUCACCUUAGACUUUUUAGGUCGAAGAUCUCUAAUCAUCACAUCGUCUCUUGCAUCUUCUGUAAGCCUGUUUGUGGCCGGAAUGUACUACUUUCUAGAGUCCAAGACGACCGUUGAUGUUGCUCCUUACAGCUGGGUGGCUCCUAUAGUUAUCCUGGUGUACGCCGCAGUCGACGUCGGAGGCUUGUACCCAGUCCACACGGCUUACACGUCAGAGCUCUUCACGUCCAAAACUCGUGCUAUGGCUUCCAGUCUUGCCGCUGUCAUCACAACGUUCUUCUCCUUCCUUGCCCUGGUAUCCUACCAAACUGUCAUUGACCUGUUCGGUGUAUACUUCAAUUUCUUCAUCUAUAGCACGAUCUGCUUUGUUGGCGCUGUGGUUUCCUACAUCUUCAUGCCAGAAACUAAGAACAAAACAUUUGAACAGAUAAGAAAGGAACUUUGUACCCUUACCAGAAAUAAACUUAUUUGAUUUUGCACCCCUUUAAAUUAUUAUUGAGUACAUAAAUUUGAUGUAACAUGGGUUUUCAUUUUAAUAUGUAUAUAAUAUCAAUUUUUACCUUGAUCAGAUAAUAAAAUAACUUUAACCACUUAUCAGAAAUGUUCUACCUUUAUGACUUAACAACUUAUUUAACUGUUAAUAUUAGUUUAACGGUAACUCGUAUAAUCAAUGAUAUUAUUAACAUCUAAGUAACUCGUAUAUCAUACUUAUAUAUAACGUACAUUAUUUUAAUUCGUACCAUAACGCACCAACAUCCUUGUUAAUUUUAUUUCGUAAAGUCUUGUAAUUAAUUCUUUGUAUAUAUUUAUGUUUUUGUCAUACUAAAUAAUAAAUUAAAACUUA